UCUGGUUCAGUCUUGUUUCUCAUUCAGACUCUUUUUUUUCGUGGGCAAAGACAGGGAAAGAGAGGCAAGAUAAUAAUAAUAAUAACAACAACAAAAGUUUAUCUGGCUGCUUCUGGUUCUCUGAGUUGUUUUCAUGUUGAUCAAGUCAUUUUUUGUUUUCUUUUGCUCCUCAUUUCGUUCAUCUUUCCGUUUCUUCAACAUUUCACUUCUUCCAACAUCUCUAUCUAAUCAGCUCAGAUCUUUUCUUGAACUCAAUUUUUAAUCCAUUUUUUUCUCUUCGCCUUCAUCAUGACAACUUUUGUGAUAUUUCAAUCAGUUAACCGGUCAAUGUGACAUCGUUUUUUUUCUCAAUCGACAUUUUUCUCAUUCUGUUUAUGGGAUAACUACGAGAGUUGCCAAUCAAUUUACAUGGUUUCACUCGUUUUUGUUUCGUUUACCUUUUAUUGUGUCUAUUAAUAUCGUAAUUGUGAUCGAUCAGCUUCUUCACUUUUUUGAUUAAUUGAUUGCAAUUUAUAUUCUCUUCUUUGCUGUCUAUUUCUGGAUUCUAAUCAAUUGUCCGGUCAAAUAUAGCUGUUUUGUUUUUGUUUAUUCUGGUAUGUUUAACCACUGGAAAUGGUUUUAAGUUGGCUACAUAUCGAAGAGCAAUUUAAUCAAUUUAAAGUGAUUCAAGUGAUGAUGUGAGUUGUGAAAUUAGAUUUAAUCAUAGAGUGUUAGUCAUCAAAGAUGCCUUCAAUUAACCAACAUGAUUGGAUAUCAGUGAAUAAACGUGAUGGACGACAACAUGAAGAUUAUGAUAACCUAGAAGAUGAGGUUUCCCCGUCAACCAGUCAAGCUCCAGAGGUGACAAGUUCAGUGGGUUUACAGGGUAAAGAGAAUGAGGAAACUCAUGGAGAGGGUGAAGGAGAAGAGGGUGAAGAGGGUGAAGAAGGAGAUGAAGAGGAGGUAGAAGGAGAAAAAGCAAAGGAUGAAGAGGAAAGUGGAAAGGGUAAAGGUGAACCAAAAGAAGAGGGUAAACAAUCGUCAAGUGGUAAAACUGGUGAAGGUGAAAGUGGACGGUUAAGUGGUAAAGAUAAUGGUAAAAUUGAUCAAGUUAACCCCAAGGUUCAUGUUAGCCAUCAUACUGGAUCUAAUCGUACAAAGAAUCAUCGUCUUCGCAAUCAACGAACAACAAUGAAGCCUCAACUAGUAUCAAUGGAAACGAUCAACUCAACUGCUCUUCAUCCUUCAGGUCCUGGUAUAGCGGGGACAACCUGGGCCGAGGUUAAACACGGAGUAAACAUGAUUCACGAAACAACCAAGUUGCCCGUUCAUGCAGUGUUUUUUGUUAUUGUGGUUGUUUUGCUUGUUAUUGUAGCUGCUCUUUACUGUUGUAUCCGAAGCUGGUGGCGCAAGUUUAAAGACUCGGAUAGAGUCAAGAAUUUUAAAGGUUUGGACCUGAAAUCGGUCAACCUGAUGGGCUCCAUGGGUAAGGAAAAGGUUCAACCCGAUUCAGCUGGGUUAAAGGGUAAUAUGGAGGAAAAUGAAUCGGAACAGCGAAAGGAUGGAGAGGAAAAGGAACCAGUUAAUUUGGGUAAAUUACAAUAUAAACUUGACUACGAUUUUAAUUCAAAUAAUUUAACUGUUACUGUUAUUCAAGCCGAGGAGCUUCCAGCUUGUGAUGCUGGUGGAACAAGUGAUCCUUAUGUUAAAGUCUACCUUUUACCGGACAAGAAGAAAAAAUUUGAAACGAAAGUCCAUCGGAAAACCUUGAAUCCUGUUUUCAAUGAAAGCUUUAAUUUUAAGGUUCCUUAUAAUGAGAUUAUUGCUAAAACUUUGGUUCUUGCUGUUUUUGAUUUCGACCGGUUCUCUAAACAUGAUCAAAUUGGACAAAUACGAAUUUCAAUGAAUCAAGUUGAUUUAGCUCAAACACUUGAGGAGUGGCGAGACUUACAAUCCAUCGAAGAAGAAGGACCAGAAAAAUUGGGUGAUAUUUGUUUCUCCCUUCGUUAUGUGCCAACUUCGGGUAAACUAACUGUUUGCAUAUUGGAGGCUAAAAAUUUAAAGAAAAUGGAUUUAGGUGGUUUAUCCGAUCCGUAUGUUAAAAUUGCGCUCAUGUCAAAUGGUAAACGAAUCAAGAAGAAGAAAACUUCGGUUAAAAAGUGCACACUCAACCCUUAUUUCAAUGAAUCAUUUACAUUUGAGGUUCCCUUUGAGCAGAUCAAUAAAGUCUCUGUUAGGGUAACUGUGGUUGAUUAUGAUAGGAUUGGUUCAUGUGAUCCCAUUGGAGUUGUUGAAGUUGGUCCUGGAAGAACAGGAAACGAGUUGAGACAUUGGAUGGACAUGUUAGCCUCACCGAGAAGACCAAUAGCUCAAUGGCAUUCACUUCGUGAUACUGAAGGAGAUGGCAAAUGAGGAACAAUUUAUUUGUAUUCAAUUAAAAUUGAAAUUAUAAACGUAUCUAAUAUAAAACAAUACUCUACUUAUAAAUAUGAAAAAAGACAAGAUUUGCGGUGAUCAACUUUCAUUUUUUCAUUCUUUUAUUCCUAUUUCGUUUAUUCUUCUCUGAUCAAAUAUAAAUUAUCAUUUACUGAUAUCAAAUGAUUUUAAUUUUGAAUAUACGGGCAAAAAUAUAAUCACAUUAUGCAAGAUCAUUUUCACUGUAUCCUUAUGAUUCUAUUAAAAUUAACUCAUUUUGCUUUUGA